UUAGCUAAGCUAUCUGAGGGUCAGUUGAUGGAUGGGAGACUAGAAUGUCUGUACCAUGGUUGGCAAUUUGGUGCUGAUGGCAAAUGUGUCAAGAUACCUCAGCUUCCUGCAGAUGCCAAGAUUCCUCGAAAAGCAUGUUUGAAGACUUAUGAAGUGAAAGAAUCUCAAGGAGUUGUGUGGGUGUGGAUGUCAGUCAAUACACCGCCAGAGGCAGACAAGCUACCCUGGUUCGAAAACUUUGCCAGACCAGGGUUUCAGGACAUUUCAACAAUCCAUGAGCUUCCAUACGAUCACUCCAUCCUCCUUGAAAACCUCAUGGAUCCAGCCCAUGUGCCGAUAUCACAUGACAGGACAGACUGGUCAGCCAAAAGAGAAGAAGCAGAGGCACUUGUUUUCCAGGUGACUGAGCGUACAGACAGAGGAUUUGCAGGCUGGUGGGGUAGGGAGAAGAAAGAUGGGUCAAUGCCAAACUUUUUACACUUCCAAGCACCAUGUGUUCUUCAAAAUAACAGAGAGUUUGUUGACAAUAAUGGAGAAACACAUUACUUUUCAGGCCUGUUUCUUUGUAGACCAACUGGACAAGGGAAAUCUAUGCUGAUUGUUAGAUUUGGGGCGACAAAACGAAAUCCUUUAGUGAAGAUGUUACCUAAAUGGUACAUACAUCAGAAUGCAAGCAAGGUAUUCGAGCAAGACAUGGGGUUUUUGUCGUCCCAAAAUGAGGUAUUGAUGAGAGAAAAAGUGCCCACCAAAAAGCUGUACCUGAACUUAAAGUCUUCUGAUACUUGGGUUGCUGAGUACAGGAAAUGGAUGGAUAGAGUUGGGCAUGGGAUGCCAUAUCAUUUCGGGCACAGCACAAUAUCUCUGCCUAAAGAACCUGCAGUGAUAGAGCAUGCCCCAGCCGGGCUCGUUGCUGGAUUUUCUGCAUCUGCUCCGGCCAAGGGAGGACUUGGGUCCAUGCACGCUCCUAAUUUGGGGAACAGGUACUUCAGGCAUGUAAUCCAUUGCAGAAGUUGCAGCAAGGCAGUUAAAGCUUUCACUGCAUGGAAAGAAACUCUUUCGAAGGUGGCUUUGGUGUUGGCUGCUCUGGCUAUUAUUGCAUCAGGAAGGCAAUGGAAGUCAUUCCUUUUAGGGACUGCAGCACUGUGCCUGGGUGGGGUUUAUAUGUGCUCAACUGCUAUUGCCAUGAACACAACAAAUUUCAUAAGAACACACAGGAGAUUAUGACCUAGCAUAAGAUAUUUUAUACAUGUACAUUCUUUUUGAGGCAAACAAGAGACGUCCAUUGUUGUAUAUGUGCGUUACUCUUACAAGCUUAGGUGUGCUUAAUUUUAUCUUGACAUUUUUUACCAGGUCAGUUGUCUUAAAUAUAAUGUGGGAAUAGAACCCCCUAAUUUUAGCAGAGGCUCAAGAUAUCUCAACAUGUUCAAAUUGAUAGUA